GCGACGUACGAUUCACGACUACUAUUUACGCCAUUUACGUUCCCAUCUCUCAUGUUUGAAAUAGGACUUUACGACUGAAAUGCGUCUGUCAUCAUCACAUGUUUAGUCGUGUAGAAUGGCGGCAACUCUUGGACCUGCACAGGGUGCAGACUCUGACCUAGACCGAAAUGUCAUUGAAGACGAACCUCGGGGGACAGAUGGAGACGAAGAAAAUUCACAGCAAACGGGUGCUACAAACGCUCCUCAGAGCCGCUUGGCGAAAUUACCUUUGGCUCGGAUAAAGGCUCUCAUGAAAGCUGACCCGGACGUCACGCUGGCUAGUCAAGAGUCUGUUUUCAUCAUUGCGAAGGCUACAGAAUUGUUUGUGGAAAUGAUUGCUAAAGAUGCACUGGUGUAUGCACAGCAGGGGAAACGGAAAACACUGCAAAGGAAAGACCUAGUUGUACUUUGCUUUAACUCUAUAGAUAAUGCCAUUGAAGCAAUUGAUGAGUUUGCGUUUCUUGAAGGUACCUUGGAUUGAUAUUUGCAGAUGGAGAGCAAAAGUACUGUGAAAACUGGAUAUAGACCUAGCCUACAUUGUGUUUAUCUAAUGGACUGGGAAGGAUAAUCCAGGAUAAUAGGACUGUUGUGGCCAAAAUCAUCGACAAGUGUUGGAAGUCACACUUUUCUUUGUGGGUGUAAGUGUCUUUUGUACAUAUUAUGAAACAGCCUGAUAAGUUUUUUGAAAAUAAACUUUUUUU